UUGAUUGUAUACACCUGUGUCCAUGGAGGGGAUUGGAGCACCUGAAUCACAUGAUAUGGAGGGGAUUGGAACGCCUGAAUCACAUGAUAUGGAGGGGAUUGGAACGCCUGAAUCACAUGAUAUGGGGGGGAUUGGAACACCUGAAUCACAUGAUAUGGAGGGGAUUGGAACACCUGAAUCACAUGAUAUGGAGGAUUGGGAUUGGAACACCUGAAUCACAUGAUAUGGGGGGGAUUGGAACACCUGAAUCACAUGAUAUGGGGGGGGAUUGGAACACCUGAAUCACAUGAUUGGGAGGGGAUUGGAACACCUGAAUCACAUGAUUGGGAGGGGAUUGGAACACCUGAAUCACAUGAUAGGUA